ACUAGACCUAGUUCGGCGACUCGCCUCAAGCCCCCCCGCGUUGUUAUUGAUUCUCUUCUCGUAUCGUGCAUGAUGAGAAAACGAGGCUGAGCCCAUUCAUUCCAAUCCCAUCGUUCAAUAGGGGCACUUUCACUAAGGUAUAGAGUCAUCAUCAACUAAGUUACCUUUACUUACACAUUCUCAUUCUCGCACUCAUUUAUUUCUCUCAUUUAUUCUUCACAGCCUAAACACGACAUCUUCUUAUCUCUUCUGUAACGUCAUCGUCAGCAUCAGUUUCUGCCCUGAGCUGGGCAUCGGCUCACUUGCAUCAUCAACAUGAUGCUCAAGUAUCUCACCAAGCCUACGAGGAAGAACAUUUCUGAUGCUCUUCUCAUCUUGGGUGUAAUUGGCAGUGUUAUUUCAGUCAUUUUGGCGUCCAUUGUGUUUAUUGCCGGUACCACCAUUAUUCGUGGUGAUCCUGAUCAUCUUCUAUGGAAGCCAUUAGCCUUGGUCUCGUUUGAAGGCAUUAUUCCCAACAAUGAUACCUCUCAUUUCUUGGUGCACCUAAACUGGUUCGCCAGUUCCUUCGGAUGGGAACAUCCCACAGCCCCCAAGGGUCUUCCAAAAGUUGGAAUCACAUCCUCGGGACUACGAUAUCACUCAAAUAUCGUUAAUGAUCUUAACCAAAUUGCCACUGAACUUCGACUACCAGAAGACACCUUCAACUGCCCCAAGCCGGGCCCUUAUGAAGAUCCAUGUGGCAACAUCUUCUUUGAAGCUUGGCGAAGCUACAUGGCCAGCGGUGGACUUCCGAUCAGUAGCUGGAUCGUCUGGGUCAAUAUCUAUGUCGCUCUGGUAUUCAGCAUUAUGGACAUUCUCCGAGAGUGGGUUAUUCCCAACAGACCUCACUGGAUGAAGUGUCGCUGCAUCAUCGGCAAGCGAUGGUGUCCUCUUCCCAAGGGCAGCAAGGAGGAAAUCGAGCAGUUCGACGACUACGUAUGGGACAAGGUCCGGCUCACCUACUGGGCCAUUUCGGCUGCUUACUUCGGCAUCGCUGCCGGUCACACAUGUCUUAACUCAGUUUUCUUUGUUCGUUACCUGGGGUAUUUCGAGGAGCGUUUACCAGACGGUAUCAGCAUGCACGGAAGACGACGCCUGGCUUCUGAGAUCUUGCUCUGGGUCGCUUUUGGCAUCAAGACAUUUGGUGCAUUGUGCAUGGCUGUGAGGUGGAAGCUGAGCAGAAGGCCAAAGGGCUGGAUGGACGGACAGAGCCUCGGUCGCCUUGAGAGGUCCAAGCCAAACGGUGCAGAUGGAGGGAAAUACACAGAUUAGAGUGUCAGUGAUAUAAAGCGAGAAUGUAUUAUACUUAAUAAUUGGCGAUAAUAGAUUGCUCCGGCAAAAGCGUUUGGUUUGAA